CGUCUCCUCCCCCAUCUCGCCCGCCGAGGCCGCGGUUGUGGCGGGGGGGAAGUGGAGUGAGGAAGGGGCUCCCACACCCGUGUCCCCGGGCACGGCUCCUGCCCACACCCUGCAGCAGCGGGGGUCGUCCUGGCGGAGGGCAGAUGCGGCGGGGAGGGGGCGCCAGGCCCCCCGUUCUUGAUGCGGAGAUGGCGGGGCAAGCGGCGGUUUCCUUCCGCAGCACGCUGUGAGCAGCCUGCCGGGUGCCUGCUCGGCGCUCACCGCCUGUCCUCACCGCCUGUCCUCUCACCGCGUUUCCCCGCCGUGCCUUGCCCCGGGAGCGUGUGGCUUCCAGGGAAUGCGGGCGCUAGGCCCGGCUGUGCCGGUCUCCUCUAGCAGUAGGUCCCCAGAGCGGCGGGCCCGGCUGGCUUCUGGUCCCCCAGGUGCCUCCGCCCCUGGGCUCAGCUGGGCUUGGCACGGCCAAAGGUUAAAAUGUGUGAUGGUGCCCCAGAUAAUUGGCGUAUUGGGGACAAAUGCCUUGCCCAUUGUCUUGAAAAUGGGAAGCUUCGUGAAGGAACAAUAAUCUCAGUUGAAAAGGACAAGAAUGGAAAAUCAUUUGCUGUUGUAUCAUUCUUGGAUUCUGAAGAAAGGAAAAUACUAAUAACUAAACUUUGUAGAGUCAAAGCCAGCAGAGGACCCUGGAAAAGCUCAGUAUUUCAUGAUGGUGAUUUGGAAAAGCCUUAUUUUCCAGACCAAAAUCUUCCAGCUCCUGGAGUUGCUUUUAAAUUAUCAGACAACGGUGAUUUUAUCCCAUAUACAAUUAACAGAUACCUGCGUGAUUAUCAAAGAGAAGGAGCCCAAUUUCUGUAUGGACACUAUACUAAUAAAAGGGGGUGCAUUCUUGGAGAUGAUAUGGGCCUUGGAAAGACAGUACAGGUCAUUUCAUUUUUGGCUGCGGUGUUGCACAAAAAGGGAACACGUGAAGAUAUUGAAAACAAUAUGCCAGAAUUUUUACAGAGGACUAUGAAAAAAGAACCAAAAUAUAGCCCCAAGAAGACCUUCCUUAUCGUGGCCCCUCUUUCAGUGCUGUACAACUGGAAAGAUGAGUUAGACACAUGGGGGUACUUUAAGGUCUCUGUCUUACAUGGCAGUAAAAAGGAUGAUGACUUGAGUCGCAUCAAGCAAGGGAAAUGUGAAGUUGCCCUUACAACGUACGAGAUACUUCGCCUGCAUUUGGAUGAAUUUAACAGUAUAGAAUGGUCUGCUGUGAUAGUAGAUGAAGCGCACAGAAUCAAGAAUCCAAAGGCUCAAAUAACUCAAACUAUGAAGUCGUUAAAAUGCAGCAUUCGCAUAGGCCUUACUGGGACCAUUCUUCAGAACAAUAUGAAGGAACUUUGGUGUGUUAUGGACUGGGCUGUACCAGGACUUUUGGGUAGCAGACUACAUUUCAAGAAGAAAUUUUCUGAUCCAGUGGAGCAUGGCCAGAGGCACACUGCAACUAAAAGAGAGCUAGCAACGGGUCGUAAGGCCAUGCUGAAGCUAGCAAGAAAAAUGUCUGGCUGGUUUCUGAGACGUACCAAAGCGCUUAUCAGUGAUCAGCUGCCAAAAAAGGAAGACAGAAUGGUAUACUGUUCCCUGACUGAAUUCCAGAAAGCAGUUUACCAGGCAGUGCUGGAGACAGAGGAUGUAAGCUUAGUGUUACGAGCAGGAGAGUCCUGUAGCUGCAACAGCGGCCGUAAAAGAAAGAACUGCUGUUACAAAGUAAAUGCUCACGGUGAAACAGUUCAGUCACUGCGCUUCAGUUACCUGACAAUCCUACAGAAGAUUGCAAAUCACGCUGCACUGCUGCGGACGAACAACACUAGCAAGCAGCAAGAAACACUUAUCAAACGGGUGUGCAGCCAGGUAUUUUCUCGUUUUCCAGAUUUUGCGCAAUUAAGUGAAAAUGCGGCCUUUGAAACGAUCUCUGAUCCAAAGUACAGUGGAAAAAUGAAGGUCCUUCAGCAGCUUUUAAAUCACUUUGAAAAAAACAGGGAUAAAGUUCUUCUUUUCUCCUUUUCCACAAAGUUGCUAGAUGUGCUGGAACAAUACUGUAUGGCAUCUGGGUUGGAUUACCGAAGACUUGAUGGAAAUACAAAAUCAGAAGAUAGAAUCAGAAUUGUAAGGGAGUUCAACAUCAUUCAAGAGAUCAACAUAUGUCUUGUAUCUACAAUGGCUGGUGGAGUGGGUGUUAAUUUUGUUGGUGCCAAUGUUGUCAUACUUUUUGAUCCUACAUGGAACCCAGCAAAUGAUCUUCAAGCUAUUGACAGAGCUUAUAGGAUUGGCCAGCACAGAGAUGUUAAAGUGUUUAGAUUGAUAUCUUUGGGAACUGUGGAAGAGAUGAUGUACUUGCGACAAGUUUACAAACAGCAACUUCAGUGUGCAGUGGUUGGGAGUGAAAAUGCCAAGCGUUAUUUUGAGGCAGUGCAAGGAUCAAAGGAGCAUCAAGGAGAGCUUUUUGGGAUCCAUAACCUUUUCAAACUUAGGACUCAUGGGUCCUGUCUUACCAAAGACAUCCUGGAGAGGGAAGGGCGAGUAGAAGCGGGAGUCAUGACAGCAACUACAUGGCUAAAGGAAGAGACUCCUCCAAGCAGCUCAGAAAAGUAUGAACAACCUGACUGUAAAGAAGAGAGACAUCCUGGAAGCAUUCAAAGACAGUUUAAAAGAGCAGAAAUGGAUUUUUGUGAUGAUUUUAGUGAUGAUGACAUUUUUGACAUCUCUGUGAAAAAAUGUGACAAAAGGAAGCCUUGUAAUGCAAAUAACUUGGUAACAAGGGGCCAGCUUUCUUUAAUGCAGUGUGGAUUCUCUAAGUUGUUGCAGAGCGAAACUGCAACUAUGAGAGGAUAUAAUAAUAGUAACUCUCAUUGUUCAAAUUCUGAUGAUCAAGAUAUAAGAACAAACACAAAUAGUAAGCACAGUGAUUUUCAGAAACGUCUAAGUCAUGUGGAUGGGAGAGCUGCUCACUCACCAGAUAGAACUGAUAAACAAGAUAGGCAUAGUAGAGACGGGCUUGUUUUAUCAGGCUCUGAGGAGGAAGGGGACAGAGAACGUGAGGAUCAAUGUAUUUCAGAGGAAAGGGAUGCAGUUGCUGAAACAGAAUGGAGUUCUGAAGAGAAUGAUGAUGAUCUUUCUCCUAACCAAGUUCCACCAUACCAGCAACCAGUUCUUUCUAAAAAAGGGGGAAUUUUCAGUUCAGCAUAUGAAAACUGUAAAGAGAUGGCAGAAGAAAAGGAUGGGUUGCUAUUUAAGGGAGGCAGUAGACAAUGUGGAUUCAGUAGAACGGAGUCAGAUUUCAGCAGCUUCAUGUCUCUUGAGGAUUCCAAGAACAGUAGAAAAGAUUUGAUGCUGACAAGUGAUAUAAGUGAUGAAUCUGAUGAUAUUGAAAUCUCCCAUGAUUCUGAAUCAAGAAAGUUAAGAACUUCUAGAUGUCCAAAAAGGAAAGAAAGACAUUCCCAAAGCAAGGGAGUAGGUAGCUUCUCCAAAUCUGCGCUACAAUCGAAGGAGCCUAAGAGAAAAGCAAAGCAAAGUGAUUCUCAGCAGACAGAUGAAUUUUCAUCCUCUGAAGAUAACUUACUAGUUGAGAAAAUUCAUACCAGAAAGCAAAGAUCUAAGUUUAAAGGACAGAGAGCCAAAGUUCAAUUUGGGUCUAAAAUGCUUCGCCCUCUUCAACAUAUGCCUGUUGCACACAUGAAGUCUAUCAGUAAUGCUUUGUAUAGAACUUCUGCAAGUAAAACUAAAUUAGAAGCUCAAGAGGAGAAAGUGGAAUCAAUGGACAAAUAUUUAGAUGGUGUUCAAGAAGUGGCAUAUAUUCAUUCAAAUCAGAACGUGGUUGGAUCCAGCAAGGCUGAGAACCGCUUGAGCCGGUGGGCAGUGCGAGAUGUAUUUGAGUUGAAACAGUUUUCCCAGCUCCCUGCUAAUGUAGCAGUCUGCAGUGCCAAGAAAAAUGAAGAAGACCCAGAACACAACACAUCAGAGAACAACAUGAUUAAGGAAGGGCAAGAAAUGUUGGUGAACAGUAAGCAGCAUCGCCUUUAUGUUAUGCAUCCUGUGACACAGAAAACCAAAACAGUACACAGAGCAGGUUCAACCACUUUCUUCGUUGGAAAGACACCCAAAGAGAUCCGCAGGAGACAAUUUGAGGAAAUGGUAUCCCAUUUUAAUAUGAGAUCAGUGGAGAAACUGGCAGAAUAUAUUGCAAAAGCAACAUCAGAAAAAAGGCAGAAGAUGUUGAAGGAAUUCUAUGUUACCAAGCAUCCAGAGAUGGAGUCGUUCUUCCCAGUUAUAAUACCAACACAAGCUUCAAAUUACUCUGAGAAAAGAGAGCUGGGUGGGCCACAUGUACAAAAAAGAAAAUUUAUUCUUAAUUUUAGAGGAUCUAAGUCUAAAUCUUCACCAGCUAACAGUCAGCUUUUGAGUGCAACUGUAGAAACACAGAACCAACAGACCUGUAACAGAGAAGCAGAGCAACUUCACAAUGACUCCUACAUGCAAGAUACAUGUAUUCAUGUAAAAUAUAAACAAUCACCCAGUGUUGCUGCUCAACAUAUCGAAAGGAAAAAAAAUCAGGCAAUCAAGGAUUUUAUGGCUUCUGGCUCAUUAAGCAGUAAAUCAGAAAUAAUUGAGGUGCUGUCCGUAAAAAGUAGUGAAGGACAUCCGAAUUCCAAAGGAACACAGCUGCCAAGAAAAAGAUGCCUAUCUCAAUCAGAAGAUAGGGAGAGAAAAGCCCAAAUUUGUGAGAAAAAGAGUUUUAUGGACUUACUUGGAGAUACCUCUAUUCUCAAUGACCUCUUCAAAAAUGAUGGAAACAAGCCUACAGAAUCACCAAGAUUACCUUCAGGACAGGUAGAAAAAUCAAAGGACAGACCAAAAGACUUCUGGGACAUGUUAAGCGAGGACAACGAGGAGAGCCUCAGAAAGCUCACAGACAUAGCAGUCAUACAGAAGUUAUGUGAAAGAGCACCCUAUCCUCCAGUGACAGAAGAGAGAGAAGGGUGUGAAAGUUCUUUUUGGAAAAAAAAUGAAAAUUUUCUGUGGAAAAAAUACAGUCCAGAUGAUUCAGAUGUAGCAUCCACUACUACAUUUUGUAAUUCAGUAAAAUGAAAGUUUUCUUUGAGCUGCACUAUAAUUUUAUUGAAACAUUAGAUUAUGAACAGCUUCAGCAGUAUGCAAGGAAAUGCAAGGAAAUGCCUCCAUGAAAUUAAAGGCAAAGUGAUGAAUUUGUGUUUGUCAUUAUACAGAUUUAUUGAUGUUUUAUAGAUGUGAAUAUAUAUGGAAUUACAUAUGCAAUAUGUAGUGCAUAUGUGUGCUUUUAAUAUUGUUAGCUACUAUAUAUUAAUUUUAAAUUAAACUUUUUAAAACAUUC